UCUGCGUCAAACACUUGUCGCUGCCAGUCGCAUGCCCAUAUCUGUUAUUGGCUAAUUUAAAUUUCAAACGUUCACUUCGACCAAUCGCGUCUGAUCGUUUGAUUUCUUUUUCGCGAUCACUUUUUUGCUUAACCUAUGUUCAGUAAGUGACUUUUUGGUGACUUCUUUGAGUGUCCAGUGUGUGACAUUGAAUUUUUGAGUUUUCUUAAUGAUUGUUUGUGUAGUGUUAGAAGGUUGGAUGUUUUCUCACGUGCGGAUGUGAAUGCCGACACGCAGUAGAAAAACGAGCGACCACGGAUCACUGACCUAGUCCCCUGCGGUCACCGGAACCAUUAUGCCUUAUACAACCAUCUAAACGGACCUGCCUUGCAUUGCAAUCGCUGCACCGUUAGCUAAUUAUGCUAGUUUAUUAGUACACACAAUGAUGGAAGAGGUGACACCCCGACCGAGCGUGGAGUACAUCCCGCCGCUCCCCCCCAAAGUGAAACAGCGAACAGGGUCGACGACAUUCACGCAAAUCACUUCAGAUGAUAAGCUGAACGGGUUUGCUACCGAAAGCCGCGAUUUGAGUUCGAUGCACUCGCUCGUCCUUAAUUCUAAGAGUCCAUCCGCAACGGUAUUUGUAGCGGCGACCCAGCCAGAACGACCCGCGAGCACGCCUGCUCCGGACGCUCCGAACGGACCUCACGUGGUCACCAUCAGAAUUAACACCGAUGCUGACAAACCCAAAGCCCCGAAGAUAUCCAGUGUCCACCUCAAAAGCGACGUCGACUUUGACACGUUCAAGAUUAACGACAUCUGCAAGAAAAGCAGCACAGUCAGAUUGAACGUCGACGAAAGCCGACCAAAGAUUCUGGAACAUGAGGAAUUACUGAAGACAGACAAACCUCCGUUUAUUUACUGUAAUUCAUUUGUGAAUUCGUUGACCAAUAUGGUGAUGUCGAGCGGUCAAUGCUCUCCAAGCGACACCCUCGAUUCAGGUACCUGUAGCGACCUGGACGGGACACCUCCGCCGCUUCCGAAAAAGAAGUUAUCCAAAUCGAGUUCUGGGAAAAAAGCAGUAUCUGUAACGGUAAUUAGUUCAACGAGAAGCAAUCAAGGCGAACUCGAUUUCGAAGAUAACGACUCGAAUAUAUCAUGUGAUUCUCUGAACAGCAGUGAACUGAACGGGAGCGUGCACGCCGAUGAAAGUCACAACGAAGAAGUGAGCAAAAAAGACAAGAAACAGAGCACUGAGCCACCUGCUGCGCCAGUGUUACCAUCGUUUACCACCAAAACAACAACAAACAACACCGACAGUAGCUUUCUACCACAAGGCCUACUACAAGACAUUAGAGACCGCUCAGCAAAACUCAAUACCAUCGAAACCGAAAGUGAGUCGAAUGACGAGCAACGGGAAGCGAACCAGAAUAAUAAUGAAAAUGCUAAUAUAUCAAAAGAAAGCGCACAACUCACUUCGUUCCGUUUAGUUUCGCAGUUUAAUAGUGAUGCGAAGAGAAAUAACGAGUCGGAGUCAUUGCCUGCGAAUUUGUAUAGCAAAACGCCUCUGAUUAGCGAGAGUACAUACGAGGAGAGGAAAAAACAAGAUAAAAUGAAACAAGAAAUGUGCUACAGCAGUCAUUAUUUCGAUACGGACAAAUUUUAUGACUUCCAUUUGAACGAGAAACAGUUUGAUGAUGUAAAGUCAGUGAAAAGUGAUAGUGUUGGUGCUAAGAGUGAUUGUGAGCCAUCUGAAGUGGAGUAUUUUGCCGGUGUGAAGGAUUUUAAAACUGAUGAAGCGCCGUCGACGAUCCGAAGCGCGAAGGGGACGAUACGCGGCGUUAAAAACCGUGUGCGAGCUGGAAUAGCCACAUUCCUGCAAAUGCAGGAUACAACUGUAAAGAGUUACAAAGAAAAAGACGCGGGCAAAGUCGUAGUAUACACAACGACUAUGGGUAUCGUUAGAGGCACUUACCAGCGCUGUGUUCUCGUGAAGAAGAUUUUGAGGAAUCUACUGGUGAAGUAUGAAGAGCGGGAUGUCUUCAUGAGCAUGGAGUAUCAGGAUGAGAUCAGAGAACGAAUGAAGAGCGACCAGAUUUUGGUGCCUCAGCUGUUUGUGGAUGGACAUUAUGUGGGGGAUGCCGAUAUGGUGGAAAAGCUCAAUGAGAGUGGUGAACUAAGAAAGAUGUUAAAACCAUAUAAGAGCCCGGACGCGUGCAACACAUGUCAAGUAUGCGGCGGCUUCCGCCUGCUGCCCUGCCGGAUCUGCAACGGCUCGAAGAAAAGUCUCCACAGGAACCACUUCACAGCUGAAUUCGUCGCCUUGAAGUGUAUGAACUGCGACGAAGUCGGCCUUGUCAGGUGCGAGGCCUGCUCCUGAGGAUUUGGGAUUUUUUUAUAAAAUUUUAAUGUACAUCUUUUGUUUUUAAAAGUUCAAAGUGUAGGAUUCAUAUGUAUAGAGUCUUUCGCUGUUGCUUCUCGUGGAUGUCUGAAUAGUCUUGAGACUGGUUCUAGGUCUAGGCCCGAUUCUAGCCCUGAUACUACCCCUGAUACUAGCCCUGAGACUAACCUUGAGACUAGUCCUGGGACAACUAUGUUCAUGAGUAUAUAAACAUUUAUUCAUCAGCCUGGUGAGAUAGAACGCGCAUUCGAUCAAUGUAUAUCUAUAUUUUUUUAUCAAGUGAAAGCCGAUAUAUAUUUUUUUUAAAAGCGUGUUUAAUAAUUUAUAUUAUAAUAAAAUAUUUGUAUUGAUGAUUGAACUUCACCUGCCAGGCGUGAAGUAUUUAAACUCAAAUGAGCGUUAAAACAUUUUCUUGAUAAAAUAUUAUUAAUUAUCAUAAAUCGUACGAAAUGGUUGGAAAUUAUAUUUGUAUUCACGUUUAGUUGGGUAACACAUACUUACUAACUGUGUAGAAAUAAUGAGUAUUAUUUAUACCAAGUGAACGGAAGGUGAAGGCGGGAAAUAUUCAAUAUUUGAUUAUAUUAUAUUACCUACCUUACUUCCAAUCACUUUGCAUAAUUACCCAACAGGCAACGAAAAUAAAAUUACCUUGUCAUAAUAAAAAUGUUUACAUUGCACAAACACAAAAUUGUCGCGGAUACAAUUUUAUUUCUUCAGUAGAAUAAUAAAAUUAAAAAUAGUAUGCCAUAAUUAGAUGCAAUAAUAAUUUCUAUUUUUAUACAAAUUGUUAAUAGUAAUGUAAGUGUUUUAUUAUUUUACUUUAUUUACUUAUAGUUUUAAGCUAUAGUGAACUGUGUGCGACAAUUUUUUACAUGUUUACUUUGAAAUUCUUAUUUAAAAAAUUUACUCUUUUAAUGUGGCCAUAAAAUAAGGUAAAAUUUUGUGUACAUUUUCCUUAUAUUAAAAUUAUGGAUGGUAUCUAACACAAUUUUUUGCAUGUUUAAUAAUUAUUGCUAAAUAUUUUAUGUACAAUAAAAUUAUGUUUUGAAAAUAUAGGUGGGUACAUAUUUUAUUUCGCUGUAUGCAUGUCAGGAUUUUUUAAUAUUCGAACUUAUUUAAUAAUAUUUUCAAUACUAAACUAAACCUACUUAAUUUUAUUUUUAUAUAUUGUGUAUUUUAUAGAAAUAUAAAUGGCCUUAUGGCCUUCAGUUGUGAUAGCAUUAAUAAUGUUUAGUUACAAUUAAAUAGAAAUAAAUAUAAACAAAAUAUUUAAACAAUUAGCGUUUAAAGUUGUAGCUCAAAUAUGAUAAGUUUUGUCAUAUUACAAAGAAAAUCAACGGUAGAAUAAGUUAUUUUCGCGCGGCUAAAUUAGCGAUAUGCUAUGAAUAUGUUCGCGCGAUUCUAUACUUAAGAGUAAAGUUUGAUUUUUCCGCGCCCACGCCCGCUCUUGUAAGUAAUAAGUUACACGAGUUACACGACUUGCAUACGCGGUGAAAAAGAGUAAAAAUUAAGUCGAGCUUAUGAAACAAACUUAAAGUUCUUCUGCUUUGUAUGUUGGCAACUUGCGAAUAUUAUUUUAUUUCAACGUGCAAAGUUCACCGGUUUAUUGCAAAACGAAAACUUAAAAUAAUACCAGGUUGGAAAUGUAGUCUAUGCCACGAAAGAAGUACUUACACUUCAUUCUUAAUUUUAAUGGAAUUGACAUUGCAAUGUCGAAAUUUUGCUUCUUACAUUACACAUACACACACACAUUCACUCAUUCAUUUUUUUUUUGCUUCGUACAUUUCAGUCGAAGCAUAGAUAAAACCGUUGAUAUUAUUUGUACUGUGAAUACGAUUUACAAUUAUUUGUAAAAGAUAGGGCAUUGUGUAAAUAUUUCGUUAAAUAAAGGUUUACAAUUA